AUGGCCGGGGAGCGGGCGGCGGCGGCGCGCGCGUCCCCGCCCGGCCAUGGCGGCGGCGGCGGGAGCGCGCUCCCCGCGCGGCCCUUCAUCUGCUCCUUCGCCGGCUGCGACGCCACCUUCCACAAGGCCUGGCGGCUGGACGCGCACCUCUGCCGCCACACGGGCGAGAGACCGUACGUUUGCCAUUAUGAAGGCUGCGGUAAAGGUUUCACUCGAGAUUUCCACCGCACUCGACACUUUCUUACUCACACGGGUGAAAAACCGUUCGAGUGCACAGCUGAUGGAUGCGAUCAGAAAUUUGGAACAAAAUCAAACUUGAAGAAGCACAUUGAACGCAAGCAUGAGAAUCAACAAAAGCAAUAUGUGUGUGACUUUGAAGGCUGUAACAAGUCUUUUAGGAAACAUCAACAACUUAAAGUUCAUCAGUGCCAACACACCAAUGAACCUCUCUUCAAAUGUAAUCAUGAGGGAUGUGAAAAGCACUUUGCUACUCCAAGUAGACUAAAGCGGCAUGAGAAGAUACAUGAAGGCUAUGCAUGCAAGAAAGAAAACUGCUCGUUUACAGGAAAAACUUGGACAGAGCUUCUAAAACAUAAUAAAGAAAGUCAUACAGAGCCAAUAGUUUGUGGUGAGUGUCACAAAACUUUUAAACGCAAAGAUUAUCUCAAGCAGCAUCAAAAAACACAUGCUGUGGAGAGGGAAGUUUGCCGAUGCCCAAGAGAAGGAUGUGGGAGAACAUACACAACUCUAUUUAACCUUCAAAGCCAUAUUCUCUCCUUCCAUGAAGAGAAAAAGCCAUUCUCUUGUGAUUACCCUGGCUGUGGAAAAGUGUUUGCAAUGAAGCAGAGCCUAGCAAGGCACACCAUUGUACAUGACCCUGAGAAGAGAAAGCUAAACUUAAAAACAAAGCGUUGCCGUCCUAAGAGGAGCUUAGCCUCUCGUCUGAGUGGGUACAUUCCUCCUAAAACACAGCCAGGAAAUGCUCCAACUUUGACAGAAAGUAAGACAGUGGAUAAGUCCAUGGAAAAUGAAAUACCAGCUGUUGAAAUUCUGACUCUGCAGUAAAGGUUAAUUGAGACAACUUUCUUUAUGGAAUGACCAGUGCAGAGCUUGACAGUAACUCACAUUUAUAGGUUUUUGUUUUUCUUUUUUAAUUAAGAAAUUAAUAUUGUUUACACCUCUUCAUUAAAGUCACUGAUUCAACUCA